AUGGCCAAUCAAGUAGAUCAGCUGUCUCAAGCGAGAGCUCUCGCGAUGGAGAACAAGCCUGGCGAGAUGCUACCAAAAGUUUUGGAAACUGCUAUGCUUCUCUACCGUUCUUCUCCUUCGGUCGAGUUGGGGCGCCUCUGCUCCGGUUUGUUUUUAGACGUCUUGACUAAUGAAGCUGUACCAGCUAGUGAAAAGCCCUUUAUCUGUUCUCAACACAUGUCCUCAUUGUGGCAAAUCUGCCAAACUUCGACAGAUUAUAGCACUUACCGAGAUGCGGUUUUAACAUUUGGCCGCACUUAUGAUUGGAUGUUCGAUCUCGUUGCAAAGACCUCGAACAAACAACUUUGGGAUGUGGUAUGCCAAUUUAAAGAGUUCAUUCUCUCUAAGUGGAAGACACCAUAUCCUUUGGAGCCCUCAGAGGAUCCUUUGAAGGACCAUUCCAGAGCAUUGGGUGUUAAACUGGCAACUGUGAAGUUUAUUUCGAAAGCAGUAAUAGUACAGACCUCAGGUACAGCUGGAGUUAAUAUCACAUUAGUUCCUGAUAACCACCCAGUAAUCACUGGGAAAUCUAACCUUGAGUCAGAAGCAAAAAAAUUGCUUGACCUCUUAUUGAACUUUUUAUCAGAAGAACCUAUGAUGGUACCUGCGUUGUUCAGCGGUAUUCUCAAUUGUUUAAGUUUUGUUAUGAAGCAACGUCCCCAGGCAACCAACCGUAUUCUCGGGGGCUUACUUAGGUUCAAUGUUGAUUUGAAAUACCAACAAGAUUCGGAUUCAGUUCUACAGUACCGACUGGGCAAGAGAUUUGUGGAGCGGAGCUAUAAAAUAUUUGUUCAGUUUGGCCUUCGCUCACAGUUAAUUAAAAACAGCGGUAGCAUGGCUGCUUAUCAUGCAAAAUUGUCCAAAAUCUCCCAAACAUUGCAUAUCAUUGGCGAAGAAGUCAAGGCUAAGGGCAUUAUGAAUUUUGACCCUAAGCAAAUCGAACGUAAGAUGCCUCCUCGUGAUCGUGCCAAGUAUAUCAAGGCUCUAAGGCCCUCUGUCUCACAGAAUAAUCAAGAUAGGUCCCCAGCACCACUUCCGUCCCAAGGGUCGCCUGACGUUCAAUUGCUGACAGAACUGCAAAAAUAUACAAUGUCAAAGUCAACAACCUCUAAUUUUUUCAAUACCUCUCCUGUCGCCUUUGAUAACUCGUAUGCUUCCGUUUAUUCUUUGAUGAAUAGCAAGCAUUCCGAGAUUGACAUUUCGAAACUCUCUCAAGGGCCCAUGGUUAAGUUGUGUACCGAAAGUCUUUAUCAAACUGAUACCAACAAGGUAAUUGCCGGUCUAUCCAUUAUCGCUUCUCGUUAUACGGAUCUAAUGAAUAAAUACACGCAACAAAAUGAAACAAAGAAACGGCCCAGAGAAGACGAAAGCACUGUAGCUGAUACUAAAAGACAAGCAAUUAAGGAGGAUGAUGACGAAGAUGACAUAUUUGAGGACGAUGAUAAACAAGAAUUUUCCCUUGGCGCCCCAAAACCAAUGACUGAGGGUGAAAAAAAGCAGCACAUAGAGCGCAUCAUCUCACAUAUUAUUAGUGUAAAAGAUUCGGAUGAAAUUCCCAGCGUAACAGCUGUCGGGUCGCGAGAUGUGUGGCACAAGGUGAGGUUAUUGGACUGGGAUAACAAGACUUCCUGGUUGACACUUCUCAUCAGACUAACAACCAGAGGUUUGAGCCACAAUGAGGAAAUGAGCAACCUUGCAAGACAGGCUAUAUACGACUACUUCUUGGAAGACUUCUCUAAUCGUAUCGCUGUGGUAAUUGAGUGGUUGAGCGAAGAGUGGUACUAUGAAACUCUCCAGGGUAAUGAAGCCACUCCAACAUAUAAUACUUGGUCAUUGAAAGUUCUUGAUGCCCUUGUACCAUUUCUUGAAAACUCCCACAGAAGGCUGUUCAUUAGGCUUGUAAGUGAAUUACCUCAUUUAUCCGAGACACAUAUCCAUAAAAUAGGCUCAUUGUGUUUAGACCCAUUGAGAAGUUCUUUAGGGUUUCAGUCACUAAAAUUCAUGACCAUGUUUCGCCCCCCUGUGAAGCCUUUUGUACAGAAUUUACUACAAAGUAUGCAAGAAAAGGACGAGACGGUUAAAGAACAAUGCCAAUCAAUCCUUUCCAAAUUCUUCUGA